AUGGCUUAUCGCAGACAAAGAAAAGAGCUUGAUUUCGCCUUAUCGCGCCAUGCGAUGAAAGAAAAAGAUAGCCAAGGCGCCAUCACCACCUCGGCCGAGGUCGACGAAACGGCCCCCGAUGAAGCAACAAAGCAUCUCCGAAACGUCAAAGAAGCCCACCACUGGGACCCCAAUCUCCCCCAAGAUGUUCUUGACGAGAUUGACAACGCCCUGGACACUUCCAACAAGAACACCCAAGACAAUGCCGCCCAUGAGUUGCUUGACAACUCGCCGUACCCGGAAGUCCGCGCAGCAGUCCCCAACCGUGACGAGGGUGGACAUAGCAAUACCAUCCGCGCGUGGACUAUCGGCCUACUUUUUGCGACCAUCGGCUCAGCACUGAACAUGCUUUUUUCUAUGCGCCAGCCGUACAUUGUGAUUCCGUCGUACGUGGCGCAGGUAGUCGCCUACCCCGUCGGCGUUGCGUGGGCCAAAACCAUGCCGAAUCGGAAUUACAAACUCUUCGGUCUCGAAUUCAACCUGAACCCAGGCCCGUUCAGCAAGAAAGAGCACGCCAUCGUGGUGAUCAUGGCUAACGCAACCUUUGGAGGCGGCGCAGCCUACGCGACUGACGUCCUCCUCGCCCAGCGCGCCUUCUACAACCAGCGUUUCAGCUGGGCGUUCGAGAUUCUCAUGUGCAUUUCGACGCAGAUGCUCGGCUUUGGCCUGGCUGGCUUCUUCCACCGGUUUCUUGUCUCGCCUGCCGCGAUGAUUUGGCCCUCGACCCUCAUCAACACGACGCUCUUCACGGCGCUACACGACCGCAGCAAGCCGGAUCCGCGUACUGUCUCUGGGUGGACGAUUGGAAAGUAUCGCAUGUUCUUAUACUGCAUGAUUGGGUCGUUCGUCUGGUACUGGUUCCCUGGGUACAUAGCGCCGUUCCUGAGCAUCUUUGCGUUUCCGACAUGGAUACGGCCCAACAACGUGGUAGUUAACCAGUUAUUCGGGGGCUCGACAGGUCUCUCGUUGAUACCGUUGACGUUCGACUGGACACAAAUAUCCGGGUUCAACUUCAGUCCGCUGAUUGCGCCGUGGUAUGCCAUCGCGAACACAUUGAUCGGCAUGGUAGUGUUCUUCUGGAUCGUUACGAUGGCCAUCCAUUACUCUGGCCUGUACUAUUUCAAGUACCUGCCCAUUAGCGACUCGGACAGUUACGACAACACUGGCGCUGUGUACGACGUCUCGCGCAUCCUGACACCAAGCCUCACCCUCGACGAGGCCAAGUACAAAGCCUACUCGCCUCUGUUCCUGUCAACAACAUUCGCCCUUAACUACGGCCUCUCCUUCGCCAGCAUGAUUGCCGUCCUCAUCCACACAGGCCUUUUCCAUGGAAAGGAACUCUGGGCGCGCUUCCGCCACCUCGGCCGCAAGGACGAAGACAUUCAUGGUCGACUAAUGUCCCGCUUUCGCACUGUGCCCUGGUGGUGGUACGCAGUUACAACACUGAUCAUGCUCGGCAUUGCCCUCGGCGUGACACAGGGAUACCCUACUGAGCUCAGCUGGUGGGCGUUUUUCAUCUCGCUGAUCAUUGCGAUUGUAUGGUUCGUGCCGUUGGGGAUUGUCAAGGCCGCGACGAAUGUGGAUAUCGGGUUGAAUGUGAUCACCGAGUUUGUGGUGGGGUAUAUGCAGCCCGGCAAGCCGAUGGCGAUGAUGUUGUUCAAGACGUAUGGGUACAUUACCAUGUUGCAGGGGUUGUAUUUCUGUCAGGAUAUGAAGUUGGGACACUACAUGAAAAUCCCACCAAGGUUAACAUUCACCGCGCAAAUGGUGGCUGGUCUGUGGUCAUCCAUCGUGCAAAUUGCCGUCAUGAACUGGGCGCUCAGCACCAUCCCAGAAGUCUGCUCCUCCACGCAAGCGAACAACUACACUUGUCCCAACGGCCGUGUCUUCUUCAAUGCCUCGAUUAUAUGGGGCGCCAUCGGCCCAGCGCGCAUGUUCUCACCUGGUCAGAUCUAUUCGAGUCUGUUAUGGUUCUUCCUUGCCGGUGCAAUCUUCCCCGUGGUUAUUUACAUUGCCGCGCGAGUCUUCCCGAAAUACAGAAUUCUCAAGUUCCUAAACGCACCACUCAUUUUCGGCGGUGCAGGCCUGAUCCCUCCCGCUACACCGCUGAACUAUCUCUCUUGGGGUAUUGUCGGGUUCCUAUUCAACAAGCUAAUUCGGGAUCGGUUCCGUGGGUGGUGGAUGCAGUAUAACUAUGUGUUGUCGGCGGGGUUGGACGUCGGUUUGGCGCUGGGUACUAUUUUGAUCUUCCUGGCAUUGAAUCUGACUUCGACGAGCUUCCCAGAGUGGUGGGGGACGAGGAUUGCGAGUGAUACGAUGGAUAUGAAGGAUACAGCGGUGCAGAUUGUGGUGCCUGAGGGGGAGACGUUUGGACCGAGGACGUGGUAGUCUUAGUAUGAACAACUGCAUGCAAUAGAUAUUUUUUAGAUUUUUCCAAUCAUUCUUGGUCGCACCGUGGUGUAACAUACCGAAAUCAGCAAACAAUUCUUC